GGAAGGAUCUAUUGAGACCCACUGUUACUCGCUUUGCGACAUCCUUUUUGACAUUACAGAGGUUGUAUUCCUUGAAACAACCUUUGAGGAACAUGUUCUCCUCUGAAGAGUUUCUCAGAAGCACUUGGGCAAAGAAGCCAAAUGGAGUGAAAGUGAGGAACACAAUUCUUUAUUGCAGGUCAUUUUGGGGACGAGUGAUGUUUUGCUUCAUUACAACACUUCCACUUGUGCAUGUCCUCCGAGAGGUGGAUUCCGAUGUUAGGCCCUCUAUGCCAUUACUUUAUGAGAUGAUGGAUAGUGCAAAAGAGAAAAUUGCAGAUGCAUGUGGUGGAAUUGAAAGAAAAUACAUGCCUUAUUGGAAACUAGUUGAUAAGAGGUGGUCGGGAAUGAUGCAUCAUCCUAUUCAUGCUGCUGCUUACUAUCUUAAUCCCAAGUACUUUUACGGGGAUAAGUUUAGCAAGCACCCAGAGGUGAGGAAGGGACUUAUCGAGUGCAUGGCUCGCAUGAUCCCUGAUGUUGCUGAAAGAGCAGAAGCCGACUAUGAGCUAGAUGCUUAUAAAGAGAGGUUAGGAGAGUUCGGAUCAGAGAUGGCUCAGAGGACCCUUGCUUUUCGUAGUGCAGCCUAUUGGUGGGAGAGAUUUGGUGAUGAGACUCCUUCAUUACAGCGAUUUGCAGUUCGUAUUCUUUCUCUCACUACUAGUGCAUCUGGAUGUGAACGCAACAGGAGUACUUUUGAGCAUGUAAAGAAAAUACCAAUUUAAUAAUUUAAAUUAACAUAACUACUCAUAUAAAUUUGUAGCCUCAUAUUACAUGUCAUUAUCAUUUCGUGAAGGUUCACUCUAAGAAGAGAUGUCGCCUAGAGCAGGGGCGCCUCAACUCUCUUGUCUAUGUCAUGUAUAACAUCAAGUUAAGGGAGAGAAAUAUGAGGAGGAAGGCGCGGAAGUUAGAUCCAAUUUUGUUGGAGGAGGCUUCUACCGAUGAUGAGUGGAUCGUGGAGGAGGAGGAUCCUUGUCUUCCGGAUGAUUUGACUUGGCUUGAUGGUGAUGAUGGAGAUAGAGAGCAUCUUGAUGUUGCUGCAAUUAGUAAUCUAGCCACCGGAGAAGAGACAUUGGAAGAUGUUCUGCACACAAAGAAACAGAGGGUUAAUGAUUCUUGUAAGCUUUUUAAAAACUUUGAAAAUUUGGCCGUUGCUUUCUUUGAAUGAAUCUAUGAUUUUCUAAUUAAAAUUAUUUCUGCAGCAUCCUCAGUACAAAGAGGAAAAGAGGUCGCUACUGAAGAUGUACCUGCUGAGGAUUAUGAUCCCGAAGAUGCAAACAUCAUUCUGGAGGAGGACGACUUAGUAUUUUAGUAGUAUGAGCC